UAAUGAUCAGUUAUAUCUCCGAGAACAGAAACUGGCCACAUGCAAUCACAACCACUGGCAAUCUGUUUGACGAAAGGUUCCCAACAUUCGUUAUCCCAUCGCCGUCUUACCAAUAAUAGCGUUUUACUUCUUUGCACGCAAUGAAAACCACUAUGCACGCAUUUCUGAAAUAAAUAUAUGCUAAUGAAGAAAAAAUGGAAAAUCUCCAACACCUAUACAUAAUCUUUCAAAUUUCGCAAAAAGGUUCAAAAAUCAUCUGAAUGAUGAAGGACUAAAUUAAUUAUACUACAAUAUUCUACCAAAUGAAAUCUUCUGUUCUAGAUUUUAGGAAGGGGCCAGGGGCGAUUGUCAGCAUGGACCGCUAUUAAACAUAUACUCCACGCGGUAGUAUAUCGGUGUGUGGUAGGUACUUAUCCAAUUGACAGUGCCCCCGUCUGACAUAGUUCAGUCGUCGACGAACUUAGGAUGGUCUGACUGCGUUUCUACCAACAGUGAUGUUUUUGCGAUUCUAUUCUUCUGAUGAAUUGCGUACUUCCACCGUGUGCUUCUUCUAAUCAUAUAAACACCAUAUCAAAAAUAAAUAGUGAAGGGAAGAUUGAAAUAUUGAUAUAUAAAAAAUCGACAUGAUGAUUCCUGUAAAUGUGUCCAGAGACACUGUGUUUUGGUUUACUGAUCUAGUGAGAACAAAUAACGCGGUCAAGGUUGGUCAUUGUCAGUGAACUGAUUCCUUUUCUGGCUAUCAAUAGACGAGCUAAAAAAUCGGUUGAUCCGACAGCUUUCUUUUGGAACAAACACAUAUUCAAUGUGAGGAGAAAUGCGAGAGAACAAAUGCAAUUGACAUGGCAGCCGACUUGUAUGCGAAUGGAUCCGUGAAGUCAACGUCCGACAGUUUCAAAAUAUUUAAAAAAUAAAAUUCACCGUCUCACAAGAAUAUAAUAAGGGAGAAUUGGUAGGGGAUUAUUUUUCAUUUAACACAAAGAACUUGUAUAUGACUAUGUUAAGGAAGAAUGCGUACGGGUUCCUUAUGUUUAAAGAGACAAUUAGAUCAUACUGAAUUGCGGGCAACAUGAGGCAACAUAAGACGGGCACGCUUGGCGCCGCGGCGCCUAUAUCUACAGAGGAGGAACGAUUGAAAUUUCAAGACAACAGGUUCUUAACAACAUUAGUUCUUGGUAGAAAUAGAAAAAUUUCACCAGAGAUUCUACCUUCCUGUUCACCGGGGAUAUUCCGACAGAAAUCAUUCCGCGCCUCAACUCCGCCAAAAAACGCGAACAUACCUGCGGCAAAUAACCAUCAGCGCGCAAGCGUCGAUACAAGAGGUCCACGUGAGCCUAAAACACCUAACAGUGGCACACGUUUAAAGAGCGGUGUGUUGCUACUUGCGCGGGGCGCCCGAAAUACCAGCAAGCACGCACGUUUUGGUACAGCACUGGCGAACAAAAUGGCGUCCUCGAGCUCCACCACGGUUGUGCAGGGUUGGCCGAACACCAAGGACGACUAUGAGCUGAAAGAGGUUAUUGGCGUAGGUGCCACUGCUGUAGUACAUGCAGCAUUUUGCAUUCCACGGCAAGAAAAAUGUGCGAUCAAAAGAAUAAACUUAGAAAAAUGGAACACAAGCAUGGACGAACUUUUGAAAGAAAUACAGGCAAUGUCCUCCUGCAAUCACGAAAAUGUAGUCACGUAUUAUACGUCAUUUGUCGUAAAAGAGGAGCUUUGGCUUGUUCUGAGGUUGCUAGAGGGUGGAUCUCUAUUGGACAUUAUCAAACAUAAAACGAGAACUACAAAUUGUAAACAUGGAGUAUUUGAUGAAGCUACAAUAGCGACAGUCCUACGAGAAGUGCUUAAAGGCCUCGAAUAUUUUCAUAGUAAUGGACAAAUACAUAGGGACAUAAAAGCCGGUAAUAUCCUACUAGGAGAAGAUGGCACUGUCCAGAUAGCUGAUUUUGGUGUUAGUGCCUGGUUAGCAACCGGUCGAGAUUUGAGCAGACAAAAAGUUAGACAUACAUUUGUGGGCACACCUUGUUGGAUGGCACCUGAGGUCAUGGAGCAGGUGAGAGAGGACCAUGGUUAUGAUUUCAAAGCAGAUAUUUGGUCACUUGGCAUCACUGCCAUUGAAAUGGCUAGUGGCACUGCUCCAUAUCAUAAGUAUCCACCAAUGAAAGUGCUCAUGUUGACUUUACAAAAUGAUCCGCCAACUUUAGAUACUGCUGCCGAUGAUAAAGAUCAAUAUAAAGCUUAUGGCAAAACAUUCCGAAAAAUGAUCGUCGAUUGUUUGCAAAAAGAUCCGACAAAAAGACCAACAGCAACAGAAUUGUUGAAACAUCCAUUUUUCAAAAAAGCAAAAGAUAAAAAAUAUUUACAACAGACUUUGGUAGCUUGUGGUCCUAGUCUUGAAACUCGAGUGCAAAAGGCUUCGAAAAGACAACCUGGCACAUCGGGACGUUUGCACAGAACAGUUACAGGAGAGUGGGUUUGGUCUUCAGAAGAAGAAGAUAGUGUGUCUAGUGGUGAUGAAAGCAAAGAAGCUUUGCCAGUUAAUACAAUUGAAAAUGUAUCUAGUAGUGACGAAGACGAAGAAGAAUUCUUUGGACGAUUGAAAUCAGCACAAAGCCAUAUUGUUGUGCAGCAUGAACCAAGUAUUCCUAUAAAUUUGGUGUUAAGAUUACGUAACCAAAAGCGAGAGCUUAACGAUAUUAGAUUUGAAUUUGCUGUUGGAGUGGAUUCUGCCGAAGGAAUCGCAGCAGAAUUAGUUGGUGCAGGAUUGGUUGAUGGCAAAGAUAUUGUUGUGAUAGCAGCGAAUUUGCAAAAACUCAUAGACAGUGCCGGCCAGUUACGAACAGUAACGUUUUCAUUGAAUUCUGGUCAUGCACCCAAUGAAGUACCAGAUGAUAAAGCAUUAAUAGGAUUUGCUCAAAUUUCCAUCACUGAUUAAAACAACAUAUAGAAAUUUUUGAACUUUUGCAGAACAUCAUUAUUAGGAAUCAGUUCAGAGAAUAGAAAGUAUCAAAAGCUGAUCGAUUCUUUCGAUAUCUGAAAAUAAUUUUUAAAAAAUUAAUAAUUCAAACAAUAAACUAUUGGUUUUUAUUGGUUUUUCUUUUUCACAGCUUUUGUUACUUUCACUUUAUCAGAGUUCUUACAUAAAGCAAAGAAUACAGAAUAUAGAUAUUGAAGAGAAUUCAUUUAUGAAUGAACUGCUUGAAUGCGUAUUCAAAGCUGCCUACAGAUAAGAGUUUUUGAAAAAAAAAUCGUUUGAAGAUCUUUACUGCUGAAUAGAAAAUAGAAUCGUUAAUCGAAAAGUUGAUAUUAAUAGACAAGAAAACUGUCCGAAAUUAAUCAGAGUUAUUUGUAAACUCUGCCAGUUAUUCAAUUCUGAACUCUUAUAAAAAUGGCAAAAAUCCAAUUUCGUAAUGGCUUAAGUUUCACUUGCUCUAAUCAUUAAUGAUUGUAGUUUCAUAAAUUUACAUAUAUCAUUCAUAUUAUUGCAUUAAUUCCUGUAAAUAUUAAUAGUCGAUCAAUUCUUCUUAGAUUUAUUUGACUCUUACAAAUAAAUAAAACAGAAUUUCAAAUAAUUAAGCAAAUAAGUAAACUGUUAAAAGGUGCUUAAAAACACAUCUGACUUAUUUAUUUGAAAUAUCAGAUAAACGUUUUUUUUAGUUUUUGAAAAUAUGCGUUAUGUUUGAAUGCAUAUCAUACUAAAAACAAAAAAAAGCAGUCAUAUCUUUUCCUGUAUGAUAUAAAGAUAGAAAUUAUUAGCGUAUUUCUUUAUGCUUCACGUUACACGAUCACGUAGAACACGCGAAAGUACUAAAGGAACGUGUUUUGUACUUAAUUAAAUAGAAUUAAUAAUAGUGGAUUUAUUAUUUUGUGGCUUCAUUAGAGGCAAAUAAUUAAGAAAAAAGUUAUAAUUCAUUUGUUUUUCUAUUGGUGAUUUUUAAAGAAUGAUUAUACAUAAAUAUGCACGGAUGGAUUAGGAAAUGAUCUAUAUUAAUCUUUUGAAAUUUUAUUUUAAAUCAAAUUUCGUUUAAUAGAUACUAUCAUGGGUUAAACAAAUUUUUUUAGUAAUUUAUAUACAAAAAGAAAAAUAUUUUGUAAAUUUCGGUAUAUUGAUUUAAUUAAAAUUUUAAUGUUUUUUGUCUAGCAAAUUACGUAAACAUUUAAUUAUAAAAUGUUGCAUUUUUAUUGUUUAAAACGAAUUAUUAAAUUAAAAUUACUUAUUCAGUUUUAUUUAAAAAACUAUCUGAUAUGAAAAAAAAUAAAUUCUAAAAUAGGUUGCAUUGAAAUCAUAAUUAACGAAUAUAAUUAGAAUGAUUUAGAAACGAUUAAUUAUAUAUAUGUUUUAAAAAAGAAAAGUGAAAUAUGUGUGAAUUAUAAGAUACAAACAAAUUAUAAUAAUUAAUUUGUUUUAAAAUAAUAUGGUUUUGAUUUCAUGUAGAAUGAUUUCGGUUCAUGUAGAAAUCCUUAAUAAAAUUAAUAACGAAAUGAAUAUUUUUCGCGAUAUAUGAAAAUAUCACUGAAUAUGAUGGUAUAUAGAAAUGAAAUAUUUAUUGCUUAAAAAUAAAGGGUUUCGUGGAUAAAGCCUAGAAUUAUUCUAAUAAAGGAAUGAUACUUUUUAAUUGAAAUAGAAAUCCUUUAACUAUUGUAAGAAGCGUAUGGUAGAUUUUUAUAAACUACUUACAAAAUACAAAUUCCUUUGUAUUUCAUGCUUAUAAGUAAAAUUGUUAAUGAAA